AUACUCGUUGGAUCGUCUCCGCGACAGGCCGCCCCCCGCUCGGAGCACUGUACACACGCCGUUUUCAGUAUUGCCGCGAAAUACAUUGCACCAAGUCGCUUUCCGCCCGUCGACGCCGCUCCACCAGGCGCACGUGUUUUUCAACUGCAACGGAAAUAACGAUAAUAACGAUAAUAUUAUUAUUAACGCGCCGUCGUCGCGGGUAUUGUCCGUCAACACGUCUGUCGUCGACAAUAUUAUAUAAUAUCACCGUCGAUAAUAUCGUUGUUGUUGUUGUUGUUGUUUUCGUACACGCCGACCACCCCGUCUCUGAAAAUGGAAAACGUCCUUGUCGGCUGCAAAGACGUAUUAUCGGUGUAGUACGUUGCGUGUGCUGUACACGAUAAUAAUAAUAUUGUAGUGUCAUCGGCUGCUCCAUGACAUAGACGUACAUUUCGGUGUAUUGUAAUAAUAUUGUUGCGUACAGCGAUUGAAAUUCAAAAUUUGAAAACGGACGAAAAAGGACCGAUUUCGCUACUGACGCCGUAGUGCUGCGUCGCCGCACAGACGAUUCCGUGAGUUAUUCCCUCUUCGCGUGUCCCCCGCGUCUUUCCCCGAUCGUGACAUUUUUCAAAACUUCUAGUUUUUUUUUUUUUUUAAUUUUUUUGUUCCUAGUUUUUAUUUUUGUUUUCUUCGAACUUAAACGUUUUCCGUUUCUGUUUGAUGUUCACACCGCGUACGCCCGCCGCUGCCUUCCGUAGAAACAUUGCCGCCAAAGACCCGUAAACGCCGCCGCUCGCGCGUGUGCACAAUAUCACUUCUACUUCCUCCGAUUCACCAUAACAAUAUUGUACUUGCUGUGCAAAACCCAAACACCGAGACCGAGAAAACACGUCACACCAUUCGGUACCUGAUUUAUGUAUGGUAAAGCAUUACCGCAAGCACCAGUCGAAGAAAAGAUCUAAAACCGUCCAACGAGUCGUCCGCGCCGAGAUGGAUCAACCGGCCGCCGCUGAGUUGCAGACGAUGUGGAAAUCCCGAAAACUUUGGACAUCCAUCCUGCUGUUCGUGUUGCUGUUCAUCACACCAGGUUUUGCUUCGCCCAAGAGACCCACUCAAAAUCCGGAACCGGAUCCUUUGCCGACAUUUGGUUCCCAAGGAAGAAGAUUCAGAGUGGUGACAAAUGACACCGUUGUCCUCCCGUGUGACGUUAUCAACCCAGGAGUAUACAUUUUAGCGUGGAAAAAAGGAAUUGCUGUGCUAACAGCAGGAAGCACUAAGGUGUCUCCAGACGAAAGGAUACGUCUAGUGGACGGCAAUAACCUGGAAAUCCGUGAUAUUCAAACAAACGACGCAGGAAAUUACGUGUGCCAAAUAGCAACUAUGAAACCCAGGGAGAUAUCACAUACCGUCGAGAUAUUGGUUCCAUCACGAAUUAAAUCGGUGACGUCAGGAGGAAAUAUUGACACUAAAAAGGACUCCAUGAUCAAAUUGAACUGCGAAGCUGACGGAAACCCCGUUCCUAAUAUAACAUGGACAAGAAAGAACAACGUACUUCCAAAUGGCGAGAGAAACGCAACUGGUGAUACAUACAUAAUUCAAUCGGCCACACGUCACGAUGCCGGAUUGUACAUAUGUACGGCUUAUAACGACGUCGGACAACCUGCUGAACAAACUAUUACAGUCAACAUUCUAUAUCCUCCGGAGAUUGAAGUUGAACGCGUAUGGGUUCAUUCUGGCGAAGGAAACGAAGCACUUCUAGUUUGCAUUGUCAACGCUGAACCACAUGCCGAGGUGUCUUGGUAUAGAGAUACAUUGAAGUUAGACACGAACGAACGUCGCAUUACUGAAGUUAGAGGAAGCAGACACACCUUAAUAGUGAGAAAAGUGCAGGCAAGUGAUUUCGGAAAUUACAGCUGCGUGGCUGACAACGUCGUCGGAAAGAGCAGGGCUUACGUCGAACUUUCAGGAAAACCAAAUCCCGUGAAGAUAAACAGCAGCAAAAACGGACGGCACCAGAACAAUUACAACAUAUCGUGGUCGGUGGACAGCUACACUCCCAUCGAAGAGUUCAAAUUGUUCUACAGGAAAGUUCCGCUUCCGGACGAGUCCCCCGCCGACACUCGAACCCAAUACCAGUGGCCGAAGAAGCCGCCCACUCGAAACGACAACGAGGGAUACGGCAACAGUCCGAUUUACGGCUACAACAGCAUGCGCAACGAGUGGAACGAUGUGAUCCUUCCGGCCGUUCCCAGCGAACAAUUCACCCACCGCAUGUCAUACAAUAUCCGUGGAUUGGACACCGCCUCUGAAUACGAGGCCAAAGUCAUGGCCAAAAACCGAUUCGGCUGGACCCCGAUGUCCGAUGUAUUCAAAUUCGUCACCUCCGCCACUCCAGAAAUCGAAUCGAAUCCAAAAUAUCAAGCAUCCUAUGGUAUUUCAAUGACAUCAAAUGCCGAAGCUCGUGAUCUUGGCUCAACUUCUUCAUACAACGGAUUCACCAAACGCAGUUACAACGUCAUCAUAUUCGUCUUCUUCACCACCCUGUACUUCGCAUUUAACACCAUUGUUUAAAUCCCCUAAAAGCCUACAAUCAUUAUCAAAGCAGUGGCAUGAAUAUACUGUAAUUCAGGGCAAGCAAAAAAUCAACCAGGGGGGUAUUGCAGUUUUUAAAUUUAACUAUUUAACUAUUAUUUGCUUAAAAUUCAUCUCUAUAAAUUUGAAAAUUUUACUUUAAAUGAAACAAUAGGAGGGGAGAGAAUGAGUGAAUAUGCCACUGCUUUUACCACUGCGAUUGGAUAGUAUAAACUAGGUAAAUAAUAAUUUAUCAUCCACAGAAAUAAAAAAAAACACAUAAUUUAGAACAAUAAUUAACCUUCCAAUCUAAAUCUAUACUUUUGAAACUCCCAAUGAAUUAGAUUCAAUCCCA